AUGUCAGGUGACCAGCGAGUCCACCCUAGCGAAUCCUCACCCGCUAGGUUCCCCGCCUCGGGGGAACACCCCCCGCACGACGGAGCCCGCGACGAACGCCCCGCAGCGGUAGCAGAGCGCUACUGGCAACUGUUCAAUGACCCAGGCUUGACGCCUCCCGACGGCGCCCCUGCUGGCCUGCCAUCAGUAUCACCCGAGGCUUUCCAUGACCUCGCCCAUCAGGUCCGGACCCUAACCGGCAUGAUCCAGACCAUCAUCCCGAUCGUCUCCCAAUGGACCCCCUCGCACACGACUCGGCCCUCGCCACAACAGGAGACCCCUGUCCAGACUCACGUACCACUCCCUGAGCUCCCCGUCUCACCUCAGAACCCCGCAACUCGGCCGAGGAGCCGAGAAGCGGAAAACAUGCCGAGUCGACCCGAGCCCAACGCUCCGACCGCUGACUCGACUAAUGCCCUGCGGGCUCAGCUGCGCCUCGUCAGUCAAAGGCUUGACGAGGUACAACUGGAAGUCCGCAAGUCAAAAGGAGAGCCCGGGGUGGACGGACGUCAAGCAUCCCCGUUCACCCCCGAGAUACAAGAGCAGGCGAUCCCGUCGCACUUCCGCCUUCCCUCCCUGGACGCGUACGACGGCGCCACCGACCCGACAGACCACGUGGCCGCCUUUCGCGCCCAGAUGGCAUUAUUCGGAACUUCCGAUGCCCUGAUGUGUAGGACAUUCCCCACGACUCUCCGGGGGCCGGCCCGCACAUGGUACAGCGGCUUGAAGCCAGGGACCGUCGCCUCCUUCGACCAGCUCGCCAAAGAUUUUCAGCUCAACUUCCUGGCGUAUGCCCGACCCAAGCCAUCCAUGGCGUUGCUCCUCGGGCUCAAUCAGAAGGAGGACGAGCCCCUCUCCCAUUUCGUGAACCGAUUUACGACCCAAAUCCAUGGACUGUCGGACGCUCACCCCUCUUUCUUGAUGCAGGCAUUUAUGACAGGCCUCCGACCCUCCAGAUUCUUCUGGUCGCUCGUGGAGCGACCCCCCACCGCGGUUCCCGAGAUGCUCCAACGUGCUAGUCAGUUCAUCGCAGCGGAGACUUGGAUGGCCGGAAGGCGAGAGGAACACAAAAAGGUUAAGUCGGAGCCACCCCAACAGCAACCGCCCGCCGCCUCUCGACGAAAGUUGGACAGACCUGACCCAAGGCCCCCUCUUCCCGCCUUGAAUUCUUCUCGGACUGAAAUAUUCCUACACGAGAAGGAGAAAGGACUGCUCAAAGACCCUCGCCCGAUGAGGAACCCGCGGGAGCUCGCGGACCGAUCAAGAUAUUGCCGAUUCCAUCGGCAGCACGGGCACGACACCGAGCAGUGCUACGAAUUGAAGAGACAAAUCGAGGAGCUCAUCCUCAGGGGACACCUCGGCCAGUACCUGCGGCCGAAUAAAGAACGGUCUCCUCGCCCGGAGGGCCCCGUCGAGCGGCACAUCGACGUGAUAGCCGGGGGUCCCGCAUCAGGAGGAGGCUCUACGUCAGGCAGGAAGGCGUAUGCUCGAGCCGCCCCCGAAGCCUCAGGGCACGAGCUGGAGCCCGAGAUUACCUUUCCAACCGGAGCUACCGAGCAACCCGACCACGACGACGCCCUGGUAAUAUCCGCCAGGGUAGCCAACGCACAUAUGAGGAGGAUCAUGGUCGACACAGGGAGCUCGGCCGACAUACUCUACCUCGACGCCUUUCAGAAGCUAGGCUUGGCCAGGAGAAACCUAAGCCCGAUGUGCUCAGCGCUCACCGAUUUUACGGGAGAUUCAAUAUCGCCCUUGGGGUCCAUUUCCUUGCCCUUGACCCUGGGGACCCCGCCGAGGUCGAAGACGGUGAUGACCACUUUCCUGGUAGUCGACCUCCCUACCGGUUACAAUGCCAUACUCGGUCGGCCAACCCUCAACAAAGUCAGAGCGGUCGUCUCGACCUACUACCAGACCAUCAAAUUCCCGACUCACGAUGGAGUCGGAGAAGCCACAGGAAGCCCCCAAGAAUCCCGGCGGUGCUACCUUACCGCCGUAUCAUUGGGCAAGAAAACCAGGACCAAGUCACCCCUGGCAGAUCCGCGGGAAACAAAAAGACUGACUCCUCAUCCCCAGCCGACGGGAUCCACCGUCGACAUUCCCUUGGUAGAAGCCCGACCAGACCAGACCGUGAAGGUCGGAUCCGAACUACCUGAGCAAGAACGGGAACAACUCGUCGGUCUCCUACGGGAAAAUGCCGACGUCUUCGCCUGGUCCCCGUCGGACAUGACAGGCGUCGACCCAGAGGUCGCGGAACACCACCUCAACAUCCCGCCUGACGCCCGCCCGGUAAAGCAAAAGGCUCGAUCCCAGGCUCCCGACCGACAGCGCGCAAUACAAGAGGAGGUGGACCGGCUCCUGGGCGCGGGCUUCAUAGAAGAAACCAAGUAUCCCCAGUGGCUGUCCAAUGUAGUCCUCGUGAAGAAACACAAUGGAAGCUGGAGGAUGUGUGUUGACUACACCAGUCUCAACGACGCAUGCCCUAAAGACUGCUAUCCCCUCCCGAGGAUCGACCAGCUGAUCGACGCGACAACCGGUCACGCACGACUCUCUUUUAUGGAUGCCUACUCAGGGUACAACCAGAUUAGGAUGGCACCCGGGGACAGAGAGCACACGGCCUUCCUUACCGAUCAAGGCGUAUACUUCUACAAAGUCAUGCCGUUCGGGCUGAAAAAUGCCGGGGCCACAUAUCAGAGGACGGUAAACAAGAUGUUCUCCCAUCAAAUAGGGAGAAACAUGGAGGUCUACGUAGACGAUAUGAUCGUGAAAAGCCGGGAAGCCAUAACACACCUUGCCGACCUAGCCGAGGCCUUCGCCACGCUACGCAGGUACGGCAUGCGACUCAACCCCACAAAGUGCGCCUUCGGCGUCACCUCCGGGAAGUUCCUCGGGUUCAUCGUGCACGAGAGAGGAAUCGACGCUAACCCGGAGAAGGUUCAAGCUAUAAUCAAUAUGCAGCGAUCGCUGCCUCCCAUUUUUCAAGGCGCUCAAGAGCCCGCGAAGCUUCCAGUGGACACCAGAAUGCGAGGAGGCCUCCCCCGGCUCACCUCCGUCUCCCCGGGUGAGAAGCUGCGCCUCUACCUGGCGGCCUCCCAGCAUGCGGUCAGCUCCGUCUUGGUCAAGGAAAGCUCCGGCCAACAACUCCCGAUUUACUACGUCAGCCACAUCCUAAGCGGGCCUGAGGAGCGCUACCCUCCAAUAGAGAAACUCGCGCUCGCCCUGGUGCUCUCAGCUCGGAAGCUGCGCCCCUACUUCCAGGCACACCCGGUGGAAGUCAUCACCGACCAACCCCUUCGGCAGGUCUUAACAAAAUUUGAUGUCGCUGGACGGCUCCUCAAAUGGGCGGUGGAGCUCGGCGAACAUGACAUAAGCUACCUGCCCAGGACCGCCAUCAAGGCCCAGGUGGCAGCUGACUUCAUUGCGGAGCUGACACAGCUGGAGAACGCAGGCCCCGAGCAAGCUCCCGAAGCUUGGACCCUGCACGUUGACGGCUCGGCCAACCCAAAGGGCGCCGGCGCAGGGCUGGUCCUCCUCGCCCCCGAUGGACGCUCGUUCGAGCGAUCCCUUCGGUUCGGAUUCAAAGCCACCAACAACGAGGCGGAGUACGAGGCGCUCCUGGCAGGGCUGGAACUGGCCCUCGAGAUGCAGGUGGCCGCGAUACGCGUCCUCACCGACUCACAACUUGUGGCCGAGCAGCUCAACGGCGGAUACGAAGCUCGGGACACGACCAUGGCGAAAUACCUGGCACGGGUAAGAGACCUAACUGCCAAGUUUCGCUAUUUCAUAUUGUCCAGCGUUCCGAGGGAAGAGAACGAGCGGGCCGACGCACUAGCUAAGCUGGCGUCGAAACCAGUCGCCGAAACACGACCAGAGAUCGAGGAGCUCCCAACCCGCGCCGUCGAAAUGACAACUACAGCCCCAGGCGACGCUCCGGCCACAUGGGUACAAGAGUUGCUGCGCUUCAAGCAAGAUGGAACCCUCCCCCUCGACGAAGUCGCGGCUCGGCGCCUGCGUCGCACGCACGCGUGGUACACCGUGGAGUGUGGGCGCCUCUAUAAACGAUCCUUCACCUACCCCCUCCUGCGAUGCUUAGAGCCAGACGAAGCCCAGAUGGUCCUAACAGAAACCCACGAGGGGAUAUGCGGAGAGCAUAUCGGCGGGCGAACCCUGGCGCACAAGGUACUCCGUCAAGGCUACUACUGGCCGACCAUGUCCCAAGACGCCAAAGCCUACGUCCGGCGGUGCAGUUCGUGCCAGCAGCACGCCCGCACACCCCGACAGCCCGCGGCCCCGCUCAGCCCCAUCGACUGCGCAUGGCCAUUCGCACAGUGGGGGUUGGACUUGCUCGGACCCUUCCCACCAGCCUCCGGACAGCGGAAGUACAUAAUUGUGAGGGUGGACUAUUUCACGAAGUGGGUCGAGGCCGAACCGCUAGCUACAACCACGGAAUAUCAAAUAGAGAAAUUCGUGUGGAAGAACCUUGUGACUCGGUUCGGGUUGCCCAGGGCCAUCAUCACAGACAAUGGACCUCAGUUCUCCAGCAGAAGAUUCCAAGAAUUCUGUGUCGAUCAUGGCAUCCAGCUGAGAUUCAGUUCGGUGGCCCACCCUCAGACCAACGGACUAGCGGAGGUGACCAACCGGACCAUCCUGGACGGACUCAAAAGAAGAGUGACCGCGGCCUGA